UGUGGCGCUGAAGUGAAUAAGACAGACAUAAAACACCUGUUUUUUUCACAGGUGUAUUGGUGUGAGUGUGGUGUGGUGGGCUGCUGUAGUGUCGAAAGUUUGCACAGCUGGGACGACGCUUCACCUGGACCCAUUGGCUGCGGAAGAAGGCGUAGUUAAGGUGGUGGUGAAGUCGGCUUCCGGCGGCAGUGGUGAUAGCCUCGUCCUGCAGAUCCGCCUCCAAGACAUGCUCAAGCUCGGCCUCACUCAGCAAGACGUGGCUGGCGGGGAGGUGGUCGGGGGCAAACAUGGACAACCUCUACAACUGAAGGUUGGGGAGCGCCUCUUCCCUCUGCCGGAGCCCGAGCAGGCGCCCUCUAGCGUCGUUGUCUUCCAUUCAGACGAGAGCGAGGAGCCUUAUCUCCUUGACCUGAAGGCUGUCGGCAACCUCACUCUCCAGUCAUUCCGGGAGGACCCGACGCUGGUGGGUGUCCCGCCUCCUAGCCUAGCCUGGUCCACGUCGCCGCCGUGCCAUCUCCGUGACCUCCUUGUCAACGUCACACCUCGUCACGUCGUCGUCGCCAUCAACAAUAACACUGUGUCGUCGGUGCAGGCGACGAAGAGGAACCUGGUGUUGGUACACGAGAAGAACGCGACGCAGGGGCCGGAGAAGGACCUGUGGCAGGGAGGGCUUCUCCUGCUGGUGGUCAACCCUCGCACCUGCCAAGUCACCCUCAGCCAGGUCUUCUACACCAGCGACUUUGGCGCCCAGCGAGAGUUGUCGUGGACGCUGAAGGCCGUCCAACGGGGAAGACUCGUCGUCAUCGCCUCCUUGCACGACGGCUCGCUGCUGCUGGGGCCGGCCAGACAAGACCUCCACAACCUGGGGUCCGCCUGGGCGUCCCACUACCUCUACAGGGACUCGUGGGCGUGGGUUUUCAUCAUGGGCGGCAUGAACCUGGCGGAAACCAUCAGUCCUAACAUAGGGAACUCGAGCGUGGCCGCUUCUCCUCUGCUGCUGCGGGUAGAGUUCCCUCCGUCACCACUUGAAGGACAGAGACUUGCAAAGAGAGGGAGAAAAAAGCCGGAAACCAGCAGGAAGGAAACCAGAAGAAAGGUUCGAGAAGACGGACAGAAAACGGGAGCUAGGGAGAGAGGAACAAAGGGACCAGAAGAACCAGAGGUACUCGUUAACGAAGCACCCGACAAAGGAAGGCUGGUGAUGAGGGAGGACCUGACUGAGAACGGCAGGCCAGAGGAGAGGCUGAAGACAGAGAACAUCACGGAGGAGGAGCAGGAGGAGGAGGGUGACGUCGACGAGGAACCGGAGGAAGAAUUAACGGGGUGGAGAGGGUGUGCGGGCGGCGGGCGGCGCACCACCCGGCGAAAGGCGGCCUGGAGAGCGUUCUGUGACACUCAUGACGGCUAUGGUAACCUGUGUGGCUGUGAGGAUCCCCUCGCACUCAUCAGACACCCUCACCACGCCCGCACGGUCCACUGGAGAGAGGAUAUCCCCAUUAUUAUUAUUGCUGGAAACAGGACCCGUUAUCUCUACAGGUUGCUGGAGAGUGUCGGACAGCAGGCGGACCUCCGGAGCCGGCUGGUGUUGGUGGUGACGGAUGGUGUGGUGGAGGGCGUCCUGCGUCUGGCGCGCGUUCUCGCUCUCAACGUCCUCAUCCACAGGCCGGAAGGAACAGGAGCAACUCGCGUGUCCCGCAAUCUGCGCUUCGCCUUCUUCAACGCCCUCAGGCUCUUCCCUCGAGCCGACAAGUUCAUCGUUGUUGAGGACGACCUUGUCCUCUCGCCAGAUUUCUACUCGUACAUGCAGCAGACGGGCUGGGUGCUGGACAACGACCCAACUGUCUACUGCGUGUCGGCCUUCAACCACCUCUCCUACGCCCACACCGCCCACGACCCCGCCCGCCUCUACCGCGUCCAGAGCUUCCCGUCCUACGGCUGGAUGGUGAACCGGGACACUCUCGCCUACAUCCUGCCCAAGUGGCUGCCCAGCAAUGUUACCCACGACUGGGACUACUUUCUGGAGUCGAGCAUCAUGAGGCGCGGCCGGGAGUGCCUUGUGCCCGACGUUAACCGAGCCUACCACGGCGGGGGCAGCGGUCUCCACCUCACCGUGUCCUGGUCCACUGAGCGGGACUACCUCGCCCGACCCUUCAACCACCAGCCGAACAUCACCGUUAUGAACCUCACCGGACUGUUGCAGGAGCAAUACGAGGCGGAGAUGGUGACGCUGGCGAAGACUGCAGUUCCUCUUGAUGUUAAUGACCUUCUGGAGAACACCACGCUACUGACUCCAGGAGGCGUCUAUGUGGUGUACGUCGCUAUGGAUGACGCCAGCGACGUCCUGGCCUUCAGGGACGUGGGAGAUAAGCUGGGAGUGUGGAGCCGAGAUGUGAGGGAGUCCCACCACCACACUUGGCGCCUCUACUACCACAACGCCACUCUUCUUGUUGUUGGUACUCCUGCGUCCCGGUACUCACGCUACCGCCGGCGAGGUACUCCGGUGAUGGGCGCCCCUGUGGGUGUCGAGGACGACUUGAGACUCCAGGAGACGUUGGCAUGGGUAGGGACCCCUGUCUUCACCCACGCCGACCUCCCCUACCUGCCCCUAGGGGGGAUCAGGGUCCCCCUUACCCACGUCAGCUUCACCAACAGGUCCCUUGGGGGGUUUAGGGUGCACGUGGCUGCUCCCCCUCUGCCCUCAACACCAUCCUUAUCUGCCUCAUUGUCACCACAAUCACUACAAUCUCCUUCUUUGUCACCAUCGCCGCCAUCUCUCUCACUAUCAUCUUCCUUAUCCUUACCACCAUCUUCCUCUUCAUUACCACCAUUUUCGUCAUCGUCACUAUCAUCUCCCUCACCAUCACCACAAUUUAUCUCAUCAUCAUCAACAUCUCUCUCACCAUCACCAUCAUUUACGCCAUCACUGUUUACUUCACCAUCAGCUUCAUCACCUAUCAUUACUAAAUCUAAAGAUAAAAGGCUAUAAAUUUAAGCAUAAGACACAAACAAAUGAAUAUAUUAGAGGUACCACCUCUGGUGCAAUGCCAGAUUCACGAAGCGGUUACGCAAGUACUUACGAACGUGUACAUCUUUUCUCAAUCUUUG